CAAAUUUUUAGGAAUUUUAAAAUUUCAAUGCUGUGUUUUCUUCACUUGAUUUUACUCGAGCUCAGAACUAGAAUCAAGCUACGAAUGUUAGUACUGCAACUUGCAGUUUGAUCAAAGAAAAGAACUGCUGAUAACGAAGAUGUCGAGCACCAGCUUCCUCACUAAAUCACCGGCGUCUCUUCCCCGGCGGCGAAAUCUGCUCCUCACUUCUCCGCUGCGUCCUCAGUUCCCGGCGUCUCUGUUCAAGAAAGGCGUUUGUAAGCAGAGAUUAUUGAUGCUCAAAGUCAACUGCGGAUUGGAGGGGAGCGAACUCACCGCCAAAUCCGACUCCUCCGCCGUCGUUGAUGAGAAUGACGGGGUCUUUUCAGCAUACGGAUGGUGCGCGGCUCUUGGAGGCCUUGGUUUUCUGGAGACAGCGUAUUUGACUCUCGUGAAACUCGCCAAUUCGGAAGCAUUGUGCCCCAUUGCCAUUGGAGAGGGAUCUUGCGACGCCAUCCUUAACAGCGACUUCGCUUCCAUUUUGGGUGUUCCUCUGCCAUUAUACGGCAUGGUUGCAUAUGGAUUAGUUGCAAUUCUCGGCCUAGGACAACAACUGGGUUUCCAGAAAAUGCCAUUUGAUGUCAAGAAAACUGAUGCUGAUACGAUCUUGGUUGGAAUAACUACCUCCAUGGUAGUUGGUUCUACGUACUUUCUGUAUAUCCUCAGCACUGAGUUUGGUGGAGAGUCGUGUUUAUACUGUUUGACAUCAUCAGCACUAGCCUUCAGCUUGUUCUUGAUUACCAUAAAGAAUUUUGGGAUCGACAGGAUUAAAGAGAUGCUGGGCUCAAGGUUAUGCAUAGCUAGCUUGGUUAUUAUAGCCUUAGCUGCAUCAUAUAAUGUUGUUCAACCUGUUUCAUCAAGCUUGGCAGCGACAGAAUUACCAUAUGUAGAAAAAGAGAUCACGAAUGAGUCCAGUCCUUUGGCCAUUUCUCUUGCAAGACAUCUACGCUCAACUGGGGCUAGACUAUAUGGGGCUUUCUGGUGUUCACAUUGUGUGCAUCAGAAAGAGAUAUUUGGGCGUGAAGCAGCUAAACUGUUAGAUUACAUAGAGUGCUAUCCAGAUGGAGUAAGGGCAGGAACUAAAAUGGCCGAGGCCUGUUAUGGUGUUAACCUUAAAUAUUUUCCAUCAUGGGAAAUAAAUGGCCAGGUGCGAACUCCUCUUCAUCUGAGCCAAAUCUUUCCAUCUUCAAGGUUUUCAUAUAUCUCUGGAUCUAUGUAUUUGUCCAAAAAUCUGCAUCAAUGAAUAUUUUAUUCUACUAAUUUGCAGACCUUGGUGGUAUAGUAAAUCACUAGCGUAUGUCAAAGAAACAAAAAUCAUCAUGCCAAUAACGUUGCCCUUUUCUUGAUUGAUUGCUUGAAUUUGAGCAUCGACAUUCUUGGAGUGUUUUAGAUGUCUCAUUUGCUAAGAUGGCUAUAGGUUUUGAGCGGCGAGAAGCAGUUUGAAGAGCUUGCUACAUUGUCUGGGAUCAAACUUGAAGAUUUGAGUCAUUAGAAGUAAGAUCACCCUACUUUUUGCUCUUCCCUUACUGUUUUAUAAUCCUUAGAAGUAAAAACUUGCUUUUUACUGAUUUCUUUGAAAAUCGAAUGUUUCGAACUUGGUAAGCUCGUAUAAGUACUGACAUAUGUCUCUUCCCAAGUCACGUUGUCUCUUUCCCGAUUAACCAAUUUAAUGUUGUGUUUUACUUCAUCCGUACAUACUACAUGUACAAUGAUGGUUCUCAUUAUGCAUGGAUUUGGAAAGAUGGACAUAAAUCAAAUAAGAUAUAGAAUAACUCUAAACAUGUGUCGUAUUAUUAGGAAAGUGUAAUACAUAAAACACAUGCUACACAACAUACGUUACACCAACUUACACACCAUAACAAAAGUUUACAACCAACUAAAACGCUCACCAGCAAACAAAGAUCGAAACGAAUUCUGUAGACGCUAGUAUCUGAUAUGAGUGUAGCAUCUACAAAACCGAUCAUAACAUAGUGACACAAAAUGAAAAGUAUAAGAAUAAUAAAUAACAAAGUUACUUAGAAGGUGGUGGGGCAAGGCCGAAGCUAGGAAAGAAAGGAAUUUGUGGGAAACUUGUAGGAAUCGAAGGAAAUGGGGGAAACUUGGGCAUAGUUGGUUGAGUGGGGAACCCCGGAAUCGAUGGCAUUGGCGGGAAACUCGACAUAGGAAACGUUGAUGGGAUUGUGGGCAGCCCGGGAAUCGACUGCAAUAGAUGACGGGCUGCAUCACAUUUUUCAGUAUGGCUUGUGAUCACAGCAAGAAUCACAAAGCAGAGGUAUAUGGUUUUCGACAUGAUUCUAGUUCAAGAAUGAAAUAGAGACUACUUGCUUUGCUUUGCUUUGCUUUGAUUGUGGU